GCAAAAAUGAAUCGUUGAACCAGUGGUAACGCUAGGUUUUACGAGGACAAAGCUACGGCGCAUAUUUUUGCCAAUGUCGGAUAAAUUUGCGUCUAUUGACGUUACACCAAGUAAACGUCAAGCAAAUCGUAAUAAACAUAAUAUUUUAAAUAAUUUUAAUAACAAUCGUGAAUCAUCCUCCAUGACAAUGGAAGGAGAUUCAAAAUGUAAAGAUCGACCAAGCGGGUCAAAAGUUCAAGUGCAACCAACAAUUUUAUCAAGUUUGAGAAGUGUACUUUUUGUUAUUGGUACUGUUGUUAUUGCAUUUGCAGCAUUUUGCAAUUCUUUAACUUGGCAUUUGCAAAGAUUUUGGGGAGCAUCUGGCGAUUUUUGGCAAGCUCAAUGGGACAAAAUACUGGAUACCGUUGGAGAUGACCCAAUAACUCUUUGGGUUUAUGGUUCAUUGGUAUUGACAUUCGUUGUUUACUGGUUAUUUGGUGGUAUUUAUACAAUACUUGAUAUAACAAAUCGUCCAGUUGCAUUGCGUCGUUAUAAAAUUCAACCUGGUACAAAUGAACCAGUUGAUACUAAAGAUUUACUAAAAGUUAUUGGACAAGUAUUAUUUAAUCAAAUUGCUAUUGGACUUCCAGUUAUUUAUUUGAGUUAUCAUUUAAUGCAAUGGCGUGGAUAUGCACCUGUUCGUGAACUUCCAACAUUUCAUUGGGUAUUAGCUGAAAUAGCAAUACAUAUUUUAUUUGAAGAAAUUGGAUUUUACUAUUCGCACAGAUUACUUCAUAGUCGCUAUUUGUACAAAUACAUUCACAAACAACAUCACCAAUGGACAGCACCAAUUGCAGUAACAGCUCUUUACUGUCAUCCACUUGAGCACAUUGGUUCAAAUCUUUUACCUCCCUUUUUAGGAGUAUUUAUUGUUGGUUCACAUGUUGCAACAGCUUGGAUAUGGUUUUCAUUAGCAAUAUUAUCAACAUUAAAUGCACAUUCUGGCUAUCAUUUGCCAUUUUUUCCAUCACCAGAAGCACAUGAUUUUCAUCAUUUAAAAUUCAAUCAAUGUUUUGGUGUACUUGGUGUGUUGGAUCGUCUUCAUGGUACAGAUACAUUAUUUCGUAAUUCACGAGCUUGUUCACGCCAUGUUAUGAUGCUCAGUCUUGUACCAAUAAGAGAGGUCUUCCCCGAAGAAGUUAAAUACAAUAAAUCAAAAUAAAUAAUUUUCAUAACAAAAAGAAACACAAAAAAAACUGAUAGGAUUAUUAUUAUUUAAAAAAAAAAUUUACUGGUGUAAAGACUAAUUUUCUUUGUUUUUUCUUUUUUUUAAAUAUUAUUCCAAAACAAACAAUAUUUGUUUGUUUAUUAAUAUUAAUAAUGAGGCACAAUUAAAAUGGGCUUGUCAUGUUUUUUGCAUCAGAAAUUUUAAGUGAUUUAUCAAUAUUAAAUUUUUUAAGCCUAUAAAUAUCUUUAAAUAAUAAAAAUAACUUGCUGUUUCUCACUGAAUACUUUUAAAAAAUAUGAAAAAUGGAGUUAUCAAUUUUAUACAGUAUUUUUUUAUUAUAAUUAUUAACAACUUCCUAAAAAAAAUAAAAUUGAACAUUAUAAAUUUAUUUUAUUUCCAUUUACUGUGAAGCAAUAAAAUACGACUGUUAAUUGUAUUAUAUUUGUUUAUUUAUUUAUCCAUGAUUAAAUUUAUUG